GCACGGUGGUAACUUGGUGGUGUUGGUGUUGGUGGGGGAACGCCGGGUAUUCGAAAUUGGGAGCUUGAGCCUCACGGUGCUUGAGCACCCACACCGGAAUCUUUGGCUUUUACUCCAUCCAUGGAACUGACCCAUUCCUCAUUCCCAGCCCGUGCUUCAAUUCAUGCUUUAUCUCCACACUCUCGCGAGGUUGAGCCUCAUGUCGCCCUAAUAAAUCGGUCGCUGUUCAAUGCCUGCUUCACUCUACCAUAACAAGGGUCUUGCCCGCCUAAACACUUCACUAAUUUCCCUUCCCAGUCAGCACCACUUGCUCGGCUGCUCAAUCCCUUAAUUUUCGACCUCGGAGAUCAGAUGUCGAAGAUCAGUUCGCUGCAUCGGUUCGUUUGUCCUCUCGUUCCUUUAGUUUCCCGGCGUCCUGUCCGCUCUUCUGCCUAUAGAAGAAAUGACAAAGAACCUGGAUUCCAUCCCAUACGAUGUCUUCUUCCAGGUGGCCUCGACUCUCGAUUGCCAUGAUUACAUCCACCUCAGCCAAGCCAACCGCGCUCUCAAUGCCCUGACCAGAGGCGAUUCCAUUGCUCGUAACACCGUCAGGAGCACACUUUCCCAUACAAGGGAAGGGCGAGAAGCGAAGAGAACCAAGACGGGCUACCGCAAAGCCAUCGGCCAUCUGUACGACAUCAAGGAGUCAUUUGCAACCGCCGAGCCUUACUCAGCGUCUGUCCUUGGCUAUGGAAGUUCUUUCCUGUACUCCGGGGGCUCGCUGUGUUACAUCUACAAUGAUGAAAUCCGUGCUCUGGACGUGCGUGGUGCCAGCCGCGUCGAGCAGGUUUUGAAUCUCCCCAACGUUCUGCGGCGCUUAAUCCCCGGCUACAAUCCCGACAACGGGAUGACGCAGGUCUCACUCAUGAAUUACAGCGAUUGGAUUGUUGCAUUCCUGGUAGAAAUGGACGACAGGGCUGAGGCUUACAUUUUGGCCCUGGACCUGCGGCGCCAGUUGCCAGGGAAAAGUCCCCGUCUGAGAUGCCGGAAGGCAAUUCAAUCAACGCAACGGUUAUUCAUUCGGCACAACAGCAGAUAUCUUUACUACGGGACACAUUCUGCGCUUGGAUUUAACGGCUACACUCAAUGGGAAGUCAACUGUGUGGAUCUGAGGGAUGGAAAAACACAGAGUGAAAAUAUGGUUGUGUUGGAUAAAUUUGCCGGCAGUGAGAUUGGGCAAACUGUCUGCUUUGAAGUCUACCAGGACCAUCUUUACGCUAUUUCGACCCUGGUUGAUUUCGAGGAGGAGGAAGUUGAUUGGACCUCAUAUUACGUUUGGAUCUGCUUGGAUCCCAAGCUCACAACACACAAGGACGGCGUCAAGACCCACCGCACCUGGCGUCGACAGCACCGAGAGGGCCCGAUCAAUGACACUUGGUCCGACCUCUCACUCAGAGAGGACGAAGAAACUGGACAGCCAAUGAUUCUGGAGUGCCGCAGAGAGUGGCGUGAUGGUGGGAGUCAGAACUGUCGAACGUACUACGUUCAGCAGCUGCCGGCGCCGGCCGACGUCGACAAACAACAGCCGCCCUCUGACUACUACCUGACACCUCUACCUGACGAGCCACUCGCUAAGACCCUGGACGAGAACUGCAAACCCAAUUAUGAGCGACCAAGAAAGCGUCUCCGCAGACACUACCACUCCGAGUACGAGGGAGGCGCCGAACCACAGCCUAGACGGGACUUCAUCCUGGCCAAAACCAAGUUCCGCACAUAUAAUAUCUCCGCAUCCAGCUAUGUUGAUCUCGUGAAUGACCCGCUCCCAAAGGCGCGAAGCGGCGAGCUCGUGCCCCGUGAUCGAAUGCGAAUACGCGUCGUAUCGAGGAAGCGGAAGUGCCCUAUCGACGAGGAAGGUGUGCAGGUAAAGCCGGGAUUUCUGUUCAAACCUGAGCUUAGCGAAGCAGACGGGCGAUUGGUAGAGAACAGCGAGGAGCGUUUCGAAACCCGAGGCGUCCAUCUCUGGCCCCCCGAUGACGCUCCUGAAGAAUUAAAUAACUUACUAUGCCCCUCCAAGCGAAGCGGGCAAGUUCAAGCCCUGGCGGACGAUAGAUCCAUUGUGUACUCGGUGAACCGGGACGGUCUCCAGCCUGGCGACCAGGCGUUUAUCCUCAUCAACUUUGACCCUUCGCUGCGGCUGCCAGGGCUGAAGCGACUGAAUUUCGGCAGACAUCUUGGCGCCCCAGCAAAGACUGAUGCGCCGGUUGGCAUUGAACGGCCGAACGCGAGUGACGUUGGCCAGGACCGGUCAGCCAUGCAGACAACAGUUGGAGGGAAACAGGCCAACAAAAACGUGCCAACUGUCCGGGAAGAGCCGGCAAUGUACCUCGCCAUCGACCGUGGCUUCUGGUUUCGAUGACUCUCGGGCGAAGGGGCUGACGGUCGAGGUCAGGAGGCGGAGGCAGUUUGGCACACUAUGCACAGCCACUGCAGGCAACAGCAGUAUUGUGGAGUAGUGGAUAGCCUCUUAUGGAGUAAUCUUAACUAAAUAAUAUCCAGAAUUGCAGACAUCGAAUGCUACGUCUGAUACAAUGAAACCGCGAAAUGCGUGAUAGCCCCCAGUGCGGAAGAACCGACGGAGUUAAAGCGAAGCAACUUGAAGACGCUGGAAGCAAACAAAUCAACCCCCUUUGCAAGCAUGGCCGUCUUACUCGUCCUCGCAAAUAAGAUUGGACGAGUGGAUGAAACAGGAUCCCCUCAGCCUCGUUUGUCAAGCCUAGGCCCU